AUGGAGGACAGCGGUGGCGCUUCUGCGGAGCAGUUGCAAUUCUGUCUUUUGCCUGAUUCCACGACAAAAACCCCAAAGAAUGAAAUACGGCUUCUUCAAGCUGGACUUGGAAGGCGAACUCUCAGCAUAGCUGACAAUGCUGAUCAUGAAGAAAUUACUGUAGCUCUGCAUGAAGAGUAUCCGAAGAUGAAGGCCCUAACUGGUGGAUGGCUCUUGUAUAAAGCAGGAGGUGGUAGCGGACAGAGAAAUCUCUCUCUAGUAUCUCAGGGAACACAAGGCUACACAGCCAAGACGCUCAAGAUGGCCACCAACAAUGGAAAAAAUACACUUUAUAUUGUCCCUCUCCAAGAAAAAAUUGAUACUACACCUCUUCCACAUGAUGCUGCAGAAUUCAGCAAAAUGCCAAAGUCUCAGUGCAAGACCUGUGGUGUGACUAUGCCUCUUCAGCUACUUGUUUGUCAUGUAGAAAACUGUGUACAAGAAGCUGCGUGUGAAAGCAUGACUGACCAGGCACAUCAGAAUGAAGUCCAAUUGGAGCCUUCUUGUCCUGUUUGUGGAAAUCGUUAUCCUCCAGAUGACUUGGUCUUGCAUGCCAGUACAUGUGGUGAUCGAAGGGGCUCAUCCUUACCUAACCUGUUCAUCUUCUAUGAUCAUGUUGACCACAUGGAUGAGCUUUUAUCAGUGUUCAUCCUGGCAUUUUGA